CUACGUCCUCCUGCACCCACAGAGGGUCUGGAGGAGCUGGUGAGGCAGAAGGAUGUGGGCGAAGGUGUCUACGCCUGUGAGUACUACCCCAACACGCCCGGGACCUACACUGUCUCCAUCACCUGGGGCGGCCAGCACAUUCCUCGCAGCCCCUUCGAGGUGAAGGUGGGCUCCGAGGCUGGUCCUCAGAAGGUGCGAGCCUGGGGUCCGGGCUUGGAAGGAGGGGUAGCCGGACAGUCGGCGGACUUUGUCGUGGAAGCCAUUGGCACGGACGUCGGGACCCUGGGUUUCUCCGUCGAGGGGCCGUCCCAGGCCAAGAUCGAGUGCGAUGACAAGGGGGAUGGCUCGUGCGACGUCCGCUACUGGCCACUGGAGCCCGGGGAGUACGCGGUGCACGUCCUCUGCAACAACGAGGACAUCAAGUACAGCCCCUUCAUGGCCGACAUCCAAGCAGCCCCUCCCAACUUCAAACCCGAGAAGGUACGCGCCUACGGGCCGGGAUUGGAGAGCACGGGCAAUGUCAUCAACAAGCCUGCCGAGUUCACCAUCGAUGCCAAGAACGGAGGGAAAAGUCAGCUGAAGGUGUACGGCCAGGACGCGGAAGGGAUGCCGAUCGACGUGCGAGUGCGGGACAACAAGGAUGGCACCUACUCCUGCUCCUACACCCCGAAGCAGCCCAUCAAGCACACCGUCCUGGUGUCGUGGGGUGGUGUCAACAUCCCCAACAGCCCCUUCCGGGUCAAUGUCGGGGCAGGCAGCCACCCCCAGAAGGUCAAGGUCUAUGGGCCAGGAGUGGCCAAAACAGGCUUGAAGGCUUUCGAGCCCACGUACUUCACUGUGGACUGCGCUGAAGCUGGACAAGGUGACGUCAGCAUCGGCAUCAAGUGCGCUCCCGGCGUGGUGGGGCCGGCAGAGGCCGACAUUGACUUUGACAUCAUCCGCAACGACAACGACACCUUCACCGUCAAGUACACCCCUCCUGGGGCCGGACACUACACCAUCAUGGUCCUGUUUGCCGACCAGGCCAUCCCGAUGAGCCCCCUCCGCGUGAAGGUGGAGCCGUCCCACGAUGCCAGCAAGGUGAAGGUCGACGGUCCCGGGCUGAGCCGCACCGGUGUGGAGAUGGGCAAACCAACCCAUUUCACGGUCCACACCAAGGGAGCCGGCAAGGCCAAGCCCAACGCCCAGUUCACCGGGCCGACCAAGGCCGAGGCAGUGCGAGAUGUGGAGAUAGUCGACAACCACGACGAGACCUACACCGUCAAGUACACGCCGGUGCAGCAGGGUAACCUCGGGAUCGGCGUCACCUACGGAGGUGACCACAUUCCCAAAAGCCCCUUCAACGUUGGCGUGGCGCCGUCCGUCGACCUGAGCAAGAUCAAGAUCAACGGACUGAACGACAAGGUGGAAGUUGGCACAGACCAGGAGUUCACGGUGAAGUCGAAGGGCGCCGGAGGACAGGGCAAGGUGGCGGCCAAGAUCCUGGGUCCCAACAACAAGGUGGUGCCUUGCAAGGUGGAACCAGGCCUCAGCGCGGACAACAGCAUUGUCAAGUUCAUCCCCCAGACCGAGGGGCCCUACCAGGUAGACGUGACCUACGAUGGGAUCCCCGUGCCGGGCAGCCCCUUCCCCGUCGAGGGAGUGGCCCCCUCCAACCCUUCCAAGGUUAAAGCCUAUGGUCCAGGACUGCGAGGAGGGGUGGUGGGAUCACCCGCCCCCUUCACCAUCGACACCAAAGGAGCAGGAGCAGGAGGGCUGGGCCUGGCAGUGGAGGGGCCCUGCGAGGCCAAGAUCGAGUGCCUGGACAACGGGGACGGCACCUGCUCGGUGUCCUACCUGCCCACCGAGCCCGGAGACUACUCCAUCAACAUCCUCUUCGCUGACACCCACGUCCCUGGCUCGCCCUUCAAGGCCAAGGUCCAGGGCUCUUUCGACGCGACCAAAGUCAAGGCAUCUGGCCCCGGGCUGGAGAAGGCCAGGGCGGGAGAGUCAGGCAACUUCGUGGUCGACUGCAGCAACGCCGGCACAGCUGAGCUGACCAUCGAGAUCAUCUCGGACUCGGGGGCCCCGGCCGAGGUCCACAUCCAGGACAACGGCGAUGGUACCUACACCAUCACCUACAUCCCCCUGUACCCUGGUACCUACACCAUCACCAUCAAGUACGGCGGGCAGCCCGUGCCCAACUUCCCUGCCAAGCUGGAAGUGGAGCCGGCUGUCGACACCUCCGGCGUCCAGGUCUACGGCCCCGGAGUGGAAGGAGUGGGAGUCUACCGGGAAGCAACAACGGAGUUUGAGGUGGAUGCCCGGAAGCUGACCAGCACUGGGGGCAAGCACAUCCAGACCCGUAUCACCAACCCCUCAGGGUCCCACACCGAUGCCGUGAUUCAGGACAAGGGCGACGGGACCUACAAGGUUGAGUACACUCCGUUUGAGGAAGGAGUACAUUCCAUUGACGUGGCCUACGACGAAUCCCCAGUGCCCAAAAGCCCGUUCAAGGUGCCAGUGACAGAGGGCUGUGACGCCAGCAGAGUUCGAGCCCACGGACCGGGACUAGAUGGUGGGAUCACCAACAAGCCCAACAAGUUCACUGUGGAGACCAGGAAUGCAGGCACCGGAGGUCUAGGCCUGGCCGUCGAAGGCCCCUCUGAGGCCAAGAUCUCCUGCAAGGACAACAAGGACGGCAGCUGCUCCGUCGAGUACAUCCCCUACGAGCCAGGAACCUACGACGUCAUCAUAACCUACGGGGGACAGCAGAUACCCGGAAGUCCGUUCAAGGUCCCCGUGGGAGACACCGUCGACCCCACCAAGGUCAAGUGCUUGGGCCAAGGCCUAGGGAACAACGUCCGAGCCAACGUCCCACAGUCCUUCAACGUCGACACCAGCAAGGCUGGGGUGGCCCCUCUCAACGUCAGCGUCGUUGGGCCCAAAGGGGUGGUGGAGCCGGUGCAGAUAGUGGACAAUCCCAACAGGACCAAGACGGUCAACUACGUCCCCACCUGCGAGGGCCCCUACACCAUCGCUGUCCAGUAUGGGGAUCAGGAGAUCCCACGGAGCCCCUUCAAGGUGAAGGUUCUGCCCACCCAUGAUGCCAGCAAGGUCAAGGCCAGCGGGCCUGGCCUCAACACCACCGGGGUCCCUGCCAGCCUGCCCGUGGAGUUCACCAUCGACGCCAAGGACGCAGGCGAGGGCCUCCUGGCCGUACAGAUCACCGACCCCGAGGGCAAGCCCAGGAAGGCCAACAUCCGAGACAACGGCGACGGCACCUACACCGUCUCCUACAUCCCAGCCAUGGCCGGCCGCUACACCAUCCUCAUCAAGUACGGCGGCGACGAGAUCCCCUACUCCCCCUACCGCAUCCGCGCCCUCCCCACGGGCGACGCCAGCAAGUGCACAGUGACAGUGUCAAUCGGAGGUCACGGGUUAGGUGCCGGGAUCGGCCCCACCAUCCAGAUCGGCGAGGAGACGGUGAUCACGGUGGACGCCAAGGCGGCGGGCAAGGGCAAGGUGACCUGCACGGUGUGCACGCCCGACGGCUCCGAGGUGGACGUGGACGUGGUGGAGAAUGAGGACGGCACCUUUGACAUCUUCUACACGGCCCCACAGCCAGGCAAAUACGUCAUCUGUGUCCGCUUCGGUGGCGAGCACGUCCCCAACAGCCCCUUCCAGGUCACGGCCACGGAAGGAGAUCAGAUCACCCCGCAACAGAUCAGCCAGCAGCGGAUGGCGCCCAAUUAUGGCUGGGCUCCAGAUCGUCCGGUGGGCGUCAACGGGAUGGACUCAACUGCUCUCCGACCCUUUGACCUGGUCAUCCCCUUCACUAUCAAGAAAGGGGAGAUAACAGGCGAGGUCCUGAUGCCCUCCGGGAAGAAGGCCAAACCUUUCAUCACGGACAACAAGGACGGGACGGUGACGGUCAAAUUCGCCCCAACCGAGCUGGGCCUCCACGAGAUGAGCAUCAAGUAUGACGGCAAUCACAUCCCAGGGAGCCCCCUCCAGUUCUACGUGGACUUCGUGAACAGUGGUCACGUCAACGCCUACGGGCCCGGUUUGAUCCAUGGGGUGGUGAACAAGCCCGCUGUUUUCACCGUGGACACCAAGGAUGCCGGAGAAGGUGGCCUGUCCUUGGCCAUCGAGGGCCCAUCGAAAGCUGACAUCAGUUGUCUGGACAACAAGGACGGGACCUGCACCGUCUCCUACCUGCCUGUGUUGCCGGGAGACUACAACAUUCUGGUCAAGUACAACGACAAGCACAUCCCUGGUAGUCCCUUCGUGUCCAAGAUCACAGGGGACGACUCCAUGCGGAUGUCCCAACUGAAGGUGGGCUCAUCGACGGACAUCCCGUUGGAGAUCGGUGAGACGGACCUGGGCCAGCUGGUGGCCACCGUUGUCGCCCCCUCUGGCCGGGAGGAGUCCUGUCUGCUCAAGCGUCUACGCGACGGCAACAUCGGCAUCUCGUUCAUCCCCAAGGAGGUGGGAGAACACGUCGUCAACAUCAAGAAGAACGACCGUCACAUCGCCAACAGCCCCAUCACUGUCAUGAUCAACCAGUCGGAGGUGGGCGAUGCCAACCGGGUGAGAGUGACUGGCCCGGGGCUGUCGGAGGCGCACACCUUCGAGCCCGCCGACUUCACCAUCGACACCAGAGAGGCGGGUUACGGCGGUCUGGGACUGUCCAUCGAGGGCCCCAGCAAGGUGGACAUCAGCACCGAGGAGCUGGAGAACGGCAGCUGCAAGGUGACCUACUGCCCCACCGAGCCCGGACACUACAUCAUCAACAUCAAGUUCGCCGACCAACACGUCCCAGGCAGCCCGUUCACGGUGAAGGUGACCGGCGAGGGCCGGGUGAAGGAGAGCAUCACGCGGCGACGCAGGGCGGCGUCCGUCGCCAAUGUUGGCAGUCAGUGUGACCUCAACCUGAAGAUCCCCGAGAUAAACGUGGGGGACAUGACAGCCCAGGUGACGAGUCCUUCCGGAAAGAUCCACGAGGCGGAGAUCAUGGAGGGGGAGGAGAGCACCUACUGCAUCCGCUUCGUGCCGACGGAGAUGGGGGUGCACACGGUCAGCGUCAAGUACCGGGGCCAGCACGUGCCAGGCAGCCCCUUCCAGUUCACCGUGGGACCCCUGGGAGAGGGCGGUGCCCACAAGGUGCGGGCAGGAGGUCCUGGCCUGGAGAGAGCCGAGGCUGGCAUUCCAGCCGAGUUCAACAUCUGGACGCGUGAGGCAGGGGCCGGAGGCCUCUCCAUUGCCGUUGAGGGCCCCAGCAAGGCAGAGAUUGCCUUCGAGGAUCGGAAGGAUGGGUCGUGCGGCGUCUCCUACAUCGUGCAGGAGCCUGGUGACUACGAGGUGUCGAUCAAGUUCAACGACGACCAUAUCCCGGACAGCCCCUUCAUUGUGCCAGUGGCCUCUCCGUCUGACGACGCCCGCCAGCUCACUGUUACUAGUCUUCAGGAGUCGGGCCUCAAGGUCAACCAUCCAGCAUCCUUUGCCGUCUGCCUAAAUGGUGCAAAGGGCAUGAUUGAUGCUAAAGUUCACAGUCCGUCAGGGGCGUUGGAGGAGUGUUGUGUAUCCGAGAUCGACGAAGAUAAAUACGCUGUGCGCUUCAUCCCUCGAGAGAACGGCAUCUACCUGAUUGAUGUGAAGUUCAACGGCUCACACAUCCCCGGAAGCCCCUUCAAGAUCCGCGUGGGUGAGCCGGGCCAGGCUGGAGAUCCCGGAAUGGUGUCUGCGUCCGGACCUGGAUUGGAGGGAGGCGUCACUGGAGUGCCCACGGAAUUCAUCGUCAACACUUCCAAAGCCGGACCGGGGGCCCUGUCAGUCAGCAUAGACGGGCCGUCCAAGGUCAAGAUGGAUUGCAUGGAGUGCCCCGAGGGUUACGUGGUGACUUACACCCCCCUGGCUCCCGGCCACUAUCUCAUCUCCAUCAAGUACGGCGGCCCCUACCACAUUGUGGGCAGCCCCUUCAAAGCCAAGAUCACCGGCCAGCACCUGGUGAGCAGCCACAGCCUUCACGAGACAUCCUCCGUCCUGGUCGACACCGCCUGCAAGUCCCUGGCAGCCUCCCCGCAGGCGGCCGGACCCAAGCCGGCCACCGACGCCGGCAAGGUGGUGGCCAAGGGCCUGGGACUCAGCAAGGCUUACGUGGGCCAGAAGAACUCCUUCACCGUCGACUGCAGUAAAGCAGGUUCAAACAUGCUACUUGUGGGUGUCCACGGACCCAAGGUGCCCUGCGAGGAGGUCCUGGUCAAACACCUGGGGGGCAAACUCUACAGCGUGGUGUACAUCCUGAAGGAGAAAGGCAACUAUACCCUGGUGGUGAAGUGGGGUGACGAACACAUCCCCGGCAGCCCCUUCCAAGUCUCUGUGCCCUGAUCUGACCAACUCUCACUCACCCCCUGCCCCCUCCCAACCUCCUCACCCUCCCUCCAGCUUCGCACUCUUAUACUGACCACUGCUUCUGAGGAUAACGCGCUUGUGACGUAGUUCGGGCGGGGGGGGGGGGGGGGGGGGGGGGAGGGAGGGAGGGAGGGAGGAGGGUUUCUCCGCCGUCUGUCUGCCCUUUGCCUGCUUUGGGUUUCAUCCGCGGAGAGUGUGGAGGGGGAGUCACGACUCCCUGGUCUGUCUCUUUCACCAGAGGGGAGUCCCUUGCUGUCAUGACAUGGUUCUAUUGGUAUUUAUGACCGGUGCUUAUUCAGUAGCCUGUUGCACUGAGGUCACGAGCUGGAUUGUGUCUUCCCUUUUAUUCUAGCACACUUUGCAACCAAAAUGACCAAUUAAAACUCUAUUGUAUAAUA